AUGUCUCAGUUUCAUUUCCUAUUGUUAUGGUUAUUGAUGCACUCUUCGCCAGCUUCCUCUAUCGAUCCAAAACGAUUCUACCAGUCGGGCAACGUUACUCUAGGAGUCUUGCUUCCUCUUCACGUCAGGACCGCCCAGGAUAAAUGCGGUGAGUUUUACGCUUUCGGCCUUGGAUACACCGAGGCUAUAACUUUUGCAAUCGAGCGUAUUAACAAGGAUCCUGAGCUUCUACCAAAUGUGACACUGGGCUUCGACAUUCGAGACUACUGCCGCACACCUGUUCUCGCCAUGAAAAAAGCCAAUGACUUUGUGAAAAGUAAUUAUCUGAACGAACUACUGGAAGGACAAAGUGAUAACUGUAAGUCAAAGCUUACAAUAAAUAUGGAUAAUCUAACGGCUCCGAUUUCUGCGGUUAUUGGCACUAGCGAUUCGAGUAGCAGCACUCUCGUCUCAAGUUUACUGAAUGUGGCUGCCAUUCCAACUAUAAGUCCUUCCGCUACCAGCGAAGAGUUGAGCUCACCGUAUUUCAACUCCUUUUUUCGCACCAUUCCACCCGAUGGCCAACAAGCUAAAGCCAUGGUUGACAUAAUAGAGUAUUAUCAAUGGAAGUAUAUUGCAACCGUAGCCGUUGACCAUUCCUACGGUCGAUACGGUCUCCGUGCGUUGGAACGAGAAGCUUACGACCGAAAGACAUUCUGCAUCGCGUUUUCGGAGUACAUCACGCCUUCGGGAUACAAAGGAAAAAUAACAUCAAUCGUGAGAAAACUCAAAGAUGCUGAAAACAUCAAAGUGGUCGUCUUAUGGAGCAACUAUGAACCUGCAAAAAGAUUUCUGGAAGAAGCGACUGCGCAAGGGCUUGAAGGACGAACAUUUCUUAUUAGUGAAGCAAUAGCUGCCAUGAAUCCAGACGUUUUGGAAAAAAAUGCUGUCAUACUAAAAGGAGCAAUAGGAAUAAGGCCUUAUCUCUUCACAGACCAUCUGUUUGAGGAUUAUCUUAAGGGAAUCACACUAAAUAAGACCCGAGAAAGCGCCAAUCCGUGGUGGAAGGAGUUUUGGACAAGCCAUCUAAACUGCUCCUCAAUGUCUGAAGGUGCUUGCCUUAACCCGGCCAAAAUAGACGAUCGAGCCUUCGCCAAACUACACAACGCGUUCAUUCCUUACCUGACAGACGCCGUCUAUGCCCUUGCACACGCGCUGGACUCUUUACUGAAGUGUAAAAGCCCGGAGGCGGACCAAGCCAGUGGGUACUGUCCUGAGCAAAAUGCCAAAGUCACACCCGAAGCCAUGCUUCUGAAACUCAGGAAAGUGAGCUUUCAAGGCAUAACAGGGCAAGUGCAGUUCACCGAAAGUGGUGAUCCCACUUUUCGUCGUACGAUAUCGUGA